UGGGAACCCAACUGACUCAUGGCAGCGAGUUUGUCGAGGCCACGAGAGGAUGAUGGAUCUUCGCUGGAUCUCCCUCCACCUGCCGACUGCUCCUGGUCCCCUCAGAGCAGACUGCACCCAUGCCUUAGGUGGCUCGUUUUGUCUGCCUGGAGCAGUGUGUGCUCUCUACUUAUUAAGUCCCAGAUGAGAUACUGUGUGGAAAUAUGUGCAUCCUUUGGCUAAACAGAGUGUGGCAGGGGCAUCAAACUGGGGGGAAAGGAGGACAAGAGUUCCAGGGGCCUGAGCAUUUGGGUGGUCUCUGGCUGUCUGGCAGGGGGCCCAAGUCAUUCUGUCCCCCACCCCUUUUAAGGGGCCUAGAAUCUGGUUAUACACCCCUGCAGUGUGGUACUUUCGACAUCCCUGAACUCAUCUCCUCCAAGCUUCUCCAGCUCAGCAUCUCGCCUGCCAUCUGCCAGUGGAUUUACAGCUUCCUGACAGGGAGGACACAGCAGGAGGUGGAGCGGCUGGAGCUUUGGUAUGUCCAACACAAGGACCUGGAGCUGAACACGCUCAAGACGGAGAUGAUCAUGGCAAACGACACCACAGUCAUCAGCCUCAUCAAAGACGGUGACAAAUCUGCGUAUCGACAGGAGGUGGAGCAGCUGGAGCUUUGGUGUGGCCAACACAAGGACCUGGAGCUGAACACGCUCAAGACGGAGAUCAUCAUGGACCAUCACUACAGCUGCCCCUCACGCUGUCCAACUGCCCUGUGUCAACCGUGGUGUCAUGAGCUGCCCUGUAGUUCUACGGUUGGAGCCUGGGUGGCGCUUUGCGCCCUCUUGUGCUCUCUCUGUCCUCUUCCCUCUCUCUUUCCAGCACCUUCCUCUGCCGCGCAACUGUCACCAAUCAGCCCUCUUUACCCCCUGCAUUUAAGCCUGCCUGAUCCCGGAAAACCAUGCCAGAGUAUUGCAGCCUCUCCAGCGCUACAACGGCUCCCCAGUCUCCAGUGUUUCCUCCGUGUUCCUCUCCAAGUGAAUUCCUACUGCCACGCCGCCAAGCCAGCCGUCUGCCUUCGUCACCGCCUGCCACCCAUUCCCUGCCUCCAUAACUCGCCAGCGCACUUAAAGGACCAUCUACAUUUCCCUUUUUCAAUAAACUGUUCAUCACAACCGCUCAGCCACCGCCUGCUCUUGGGUCCAGUCUCCAUCCGUUCAUGACACGUGGAGACCUUCAAGUUCCUGGGAAUUACAGUCUCUCAGGACCUGAAGUGGGAGACCAACAACGACUCCAUCCUCUAAAAGGCCCAGCAGAGGAUGUACUUCCUACGGCUUCUGAGGACGCACAGCCUGCCAUAGGAGAUGUUGAGGCAGUUCUACACAGCAGUUAUUGAAUCGGUUCUGUGUAAAUCCAUCACAGUCUGGUUUGGUGCUGCCACAAAAAAGGACAAACUCAGAUUGUAACGGACAGUCAAGGCUACCGAAAAAAUUAUCAGUACCCACCUACCCACUCUUGAGGACAAGGGCGCGCAAAAUCCUCUUGGACCCUCAACAACCUGGUCACCACCUAUUCCAGCUCCUUCCCUCAGGUAGGCGCUAUCGAACAAUGCAAACUAAAACUAGCAGACAUUCCAAUAGCUUCUUCCCUCUUGCCAUAAACUUCCUAAACAGUUAACUGUUUGGCAACACGCUGCCAAUCUGUCGGGACACUUCUACAUUAUUCAUGCACUAGCUGUUUUAUCAUGCUGCACUAUUUGCAUUCUCUUGUUGAUUAUUACUGGCCACUUGUGUUUGAGAACACUGUGCACCAUUUGUACGAUAUUCACUGUACCAGAUCAUUGAACUAUUAUCCAUCCAUCCAUCCAUUUUCUUAGCCGCUUCUCCUCAGUAGGGUCGCGGGCGUGCUGGAGCCUAUCCCAGCUGUCAUCGGGCAGGAUGCGGGGUACACCCUGAACUGGUUGCCAGCCAAUCGCAGGGCACAUACAAACAAACAACCAUUUGCACGCACAGUCACACCUACGGGCAAUUUAGAGUCUUCAAUUAAUGCAUGUUUUUGGGAUGUGGGAGGAAACCGGAGUGCCCGGAGAAAACCCACGCAGGCACGGGGAGAACAUGCAAACUCCACACAGGCGGGGCCGGGGAUUGAACCCGGGUCCUCAGAACUGUGAGGCUGACGCUCUAACCAGUCGGCCACCGUGCCGCCAUUGAACUAUUAGUCACGUUAAACUGCUCUAAAUUACUUGAGGACUGCUGGCAUAGAUUUUUAUUUAUUUAUUUGUUUGCUGUUUAUUUUCAAGACAGCUAUUAGAAGCGUAGGUGCCAGGUGCGCUGACCAUCAACUGCGCACAUCUGGCCAAUCAUCAACGGGGGUGCGGGGGGCGAAUGUCGCCCCCCACAGGAUGCUGCCCUGGGCGGAUGCCCAUAUUGCCCAUAUCAGAAAUCGCCAUUGCCUAGACAUUGAAAAGAAUAAGUGGUAAACAAAAUGGAUGGAAGAAUGGAAUAUACAUGCUAUAUGGUGGUAGCAUUGAAUAAAUAGUGUUCAAGAUCAUGACUGGGUGUUAAGUUCAAGCAAAGUUCCACACCCUGUCACCCAGUGUCCUAACAUCACCAGCUGUUGAGGAAUGUAGCAUGUGUGUGUGUUCAAAGAGUGGGAUCAUGAAUUAUUUCUGAACAUGCACUCAAGACAAGUGUGCAAGUUUGUGAUAUAUUGCCAAGCAUAUUUAAAGUGACUGACAGAGUGCAUAAUUAUUUUAACUUUAUCCUUUUGGGUACCACAACUAUUCCACAACUCUCUCUUACAGACUAACCUGCACUGAGCAUGACAUCAGAAUCAGAAUCAGAAUCAUCUUUAUUUGCCAAGUAUGUCCAAAAAACACACAAGGAAUUUGUCUCCGGUAGUUGGAGCCGCUCUAGUACGACAACAGACAGUCAAUUGACAGAGAACACUUUUGAGACAUAAAGACAUUGACAAAAAAAAAAAAAAACAGUCACUGAGUAGUAAAGGAUUGCUAGUUAUCUGGUAAUGCCGGUAAAAAAAAAUUUUGGGAACAAUUGUGCAAAAAGAUGCAGUCCUCUAGCACUUAGAGCAGUUUGAAUGACUAAUAUUGCAAUAGUCCGGUGCAAAGACCAUUGUGCAAAGGGCGCUGAGACUUCAAGGAGUGUAUGCGGUUUAAAGUGACGAGUAGUGCGAUAAUCUGGGACAAUGUUGGUUGUGCAAAUGUUGCAGAUACUCCUCAAUCAGUGAGCAAAUGGAGCAGAUCCUACUCUGGCAUGAGUGGCCAGUAUUGGUCAACAACAGAUAUGCAAAUAGUGCAGCAUGGUGAGACAACUACAGUGAGUGCACGAGUAAUGUAUAAUUGGCCCCACAGAAAUGUGACAACGAACUCAAGUCAAAAAAUUGCCAGCAUGUUGUAGGUUAGGUGUUUAAGAAGUUGAUCGCAAGAGGCAGAAGCUGUUGGAAUGUCUGCUAGUUCUAGUUUGCAUUGAUCGGUAGCGCCUUCCUGAGGGAAGGAGCUGGAAGAGCUGGUGACCGCGAUGCGGAGGG